CGCCCAGUUCACGGUUGGUCUCUUUUUGUUUUUCUUUUUAGCUUUUUACAAUUAACAUGUCUGAAAUUGUUUUCCAAUCGCUUGCCCUAAGGUCCCAGCAUAUUGCAAAAAUGCCCCCAGCUUCUGUUCCUCGACUUCUGUACGGCACAGCCUGGAAAAAAGACCAGACCCACGCUCUCGUUAAAGCUGCCCUCCUUGCGGGUUUUAGAGGUAUAGAUACAGCCAACCAACCCAAGCAUUACAAUGAGCCCCAAAUAGGUUCGGCUCUUCAAGCAGUCGCGCAAACCUUUCCCCGCGAGUCACUCUUCAUCCAAACAAAGUUCACACCUAUAUCAGGGCAAGAUCCCAAUAACGUUCCAUAUGACCCUUCUGCGCCGCUUGAAGAACAGGUCAAAGAAUCGUUCAUGAAAUCACUGGAGAAUCUCCAAACGAGCUACGUGGACUCCUACGUCCUUCAUUCGCCUCUUCACUCUCUGCAAGAUACAUUGCGUGUCUGGAGGGUCAUGGAAGACUUUCACAGUAAAAAGCUUAUCCGAUACCUCGGCAUUUCGAACGCAUACUCGCUGCCAUUCCUUCAACAUUUGCACGCCCAAGCUCGCGUGAAACCAAAAUUUAUCCAAAAUAGGUUCCAUGACGAGACGGAAUACGAUAUUGACGUCCGAAGCUGGUGUCGUUCACCAGACGUUGAUAUAACGUAUCAAAGUUUCUGGACCUUGACGGCCAACCCGCAUGUGUUGCAAUCUGACAUUGUGCGAAGCGUGGCGCUGAAGAAAGGGUGCACAGUUGAGCAAGUUCUAUUCAAAUGCUUAAUUCAAAGUGGGAUCCUGCCUCUGACAGGAACUAGGAGUGAAGUGCAUAUGAAGCAGGAUCUGAGCGUAUUGGAAUGGGAGGAUUGGGAGGAAGAUUUGGUAGACCGUGUUAUGAGCUUGGUUGGUGAACGAUGACAGAGAUAAUGAAAGUAGUUUGCUCAGGCAUAAAGGACUGUUCACCCUUGCUGAAACACGUAGUCUGCAAGUGGGGAAUAUCAUCAAAAAACCUACAACUUGGCUCGUAUCUGGCGGUUAGCCAAUCCUGUCAGCUUCGUACCAUGCAACCAGGCUUUCUUCCCGACUUGCUGCGUCCAUCCCACCGGCUUUGUUUAUUUUAGACAGUGCUGUUGCAAUGCCCCACUCCGUUUUAAUGUAUGAAUCGAAC